AUGCCUAGAAGAAUAUCACUGAUGCAAACAACCAUGCCAAGGGAGGAAAAUAAUACCUCUCUUGGUAGGUCUGAUUUGUUUGACGCUUUUAAUGGUUCAAUGCCCUCCAUCACAAUUGCUCCACAUGAAAUUCGCAAUAUUAUGGCUACCAAUGCUGAACGAAGCAAUAUGACUAUAAGAGAGUUGAUGGAUGAUAGCAUGGCUACUGGUUUUGUCCUGAAAGCCAAUGAACCUCUGCGCGAGGUACAUUCAAAGUUGCUUUAUGAUUUCCUUGAAAGUGCACAGGCACGCAAUUCUGAGCUACAAGUUUUUGAGACUGUUGCUGAUUUCAUUCAAAAUUGCACUGAGACCUUGGAAAGUAUGCGAGAAAUAAAAUCCAAAGUAGAAACUACUGAACUGACUCCUGAAGAAAUCAGCUUAGAAAAUGAAAGAAAUACAUGGAGACUUGUUUAUUGUUUAUAUCAAAAUAGAUUAGAUUCUAUAAAUUAUGAUUCACAAAUGGAUAUUGAUAUUAGUACUCAUAUAUCUGAAAAAGAAGUUAUAGAUGCUCUAUUUAAAAACAAUAAAUUGAUUAGAGAAUAUCAGCUAAUUAUUGAUUGGCUUGAAAGAAAUGCUCUUGACCAAGCAGAUAGAUUACCAUCCAUUGAAACUUAUACAGAUAAAACAGUUGCUUGGGAAAAUACACUGCAUCAAUUACAAAAUAAAAAAGUAGGUAUCUCAUUUGGUUCGUCAAGGCCAAUAGUUUCAUCAUUAGAUCCAGAUGCACCUGUACGCGAAGGCAAACCUUUACAUGAUUUAGAUAAAGAAGAUGAUGCUAGACUAGAAAAAAGGAUGCUAAUAGAGAUACGGUGUGGAAGACUACAAAAGGCACAAGCAUUGGCCAUACACUGUGGUCAACAUUGGAGGUCAGCUUGCUUGCUAGGAUGGGUUCACUACUAUGAUCCCAACUACAAAAAUCAAAUAAAAGAUGAGAAAUAUCCUGUUGAAGGCAACCCUAAUAGGAGUCUGUGGAAGCUUUGUGCUUGGGAACUUUCCAAUGACAUCAGAGUGGGUCAAUAUUACAGAGCUAUUUACUCUAGCCUUUGUGGGAAUAUAAAUCAAUUGUUAUCUAUAGCAAAUUCAUGGCAAGAUGGUCUCUGGGCAUAUAUGAAAACACUUCUAGAUAUUAAAGUUGAAGCAGAGGUCAGGGGUUUUAUGCCCAAAUCUUAUGUACCUUUGCCCGAUGAAUAUUGGAAAGGUGAAAAUAGUUUAGAAGAUAUUUUUGAUGAACUGGAAGCUUCCAAAAAUUCAGCAAUAUCAAUUCAAGCAAAUGAACCUGCUCAUAAAAUACAAAAAUAUUUGAUACUAGACAAUAUACCUAUGUUAAUGGAAGAUUUAGAAACUAUCAUCAAUCAGAAAACUUGUGAUGGACAAUUUUUGAGAUUCAUUGCACACUUGGUAUUGUUUUUGAGACAAAUAGGAAAAAAUUUAAAUGAAAAAAUUGCAGAUAAAAUUUUAUUGGAAUAUGUUAAAGUUUUAAUGGAACUUGGUGAUCCAACAUUAGUUGCAUAUUAUGUUUCAACACUAGGCAGAGACGCUCAAAUCAUAAAUUAUGCCAAAUUUUUAGAACAUAUUCAAGAUAAUGACCAGCGAACAAAGUGUCUUUCAGCUGCUGAAGCUGUAAAUUUAGAUAUAUUUGCUAUAACUAAAUUAGUUGUUGAAAACAUUAGACAAAAAAAUCUCGAAAUGAUUCCUGAUCUAAAAGGAGAGAUAACAGAAACUGAUUUAGAAAAAAUAAGCGCUUUAGACUGGCUAAUAUUUUAUCCAAGUCAGCGUGAUGAAGCUUUGUGGCAAACAAAUGCUUUGAUCAGAUAUUUUUUGACUAGCGAAAAACUAGAUGCUGCCAGAAAAGCCUUUAACAAGAUACCAGAAGAUGCCAUUGAAGUUAUAUUAGAAGAAUAUCCUGCAAUGGAGAAUACGAUAGAAAAUCUUAUGUCAAAAAAUCUAUUACCUAAGAAAGCAUCAUCUUCUAUCCGAGAGUAUUUAUGCUAUAAAUCAUACCUAGAUGCACAAGAAGGAUUCCAAGAAUGGUUUUCUCAUUUUCAUCAUGCCAGACCAACGCCGGUCGAAGAACCAUCGGCUUAUGCCACAUUUACAGAAAAAGUAGCUUUUGAGCAUAGAUCUUCUCAAUAUAAAACUGAAAUGAAAAGGUGGAAAUCGACUAUGCAACAGCACACUAAGGCUGUAAAGCAACUUUUGUUCAAUGUCAUUCUAUUUCCUGACGGAGGUUGGUUGUGCGACUCGUAUAACGGCACCAGUAAUGAACCAUUGACUCCCGAAGAAGUUUUACGAGAGCAUCAAAUGGAGAAAUUGAGAAAAUUGUGUAUUCCGAAAAUUGUUCUUUUACUUCAUACUGUAAUGAGCGAGAUGAAUGAACACUCAGAGUGCCUCGAACUGGCUGAUAUCAUAGCAUCUGAACAGCAUGAAAUUUACAAGGUAUUUACGAAAGAAAAACUGCGGGAAGUAUUCAGAAAGCUGUGUGAAUCGUCUCUAGCUUUGAUGAACCAGAAAAAAGAUCCAUGGGGAUAUCCAAAAUAAACGAAUGCAGAAGUUAAUUUGGAUUUCAUUGUAUAUUUAUUUAUUUAUUUAAAAUGAACAUAUUGCGAUUUUAAAAAUGUGCUUAUUACACAUCGAGUUGAAUGGCGUGACAGACAGACCCCAGCAAUUUUUCAAGUUUGACUUGUACAGUCACUUUCAGCGCUUUGUUUUCCUACUUUGAAAAUUUCUUUGUUUAUUUUCUUUUUUACAAAACUCAUUUGAUGCCAAUUAUGUAACACAUGAACGAGUAUGAACUUUUUUGUAAUUUGAAUUUUAUUUACUUGAUACUAAUCGUGUUCGUAUCAAUCGUCUAUUGCCAUUCACUGUGCAACUAUCGUUAUACAUUUUGUGUACUUUGUAAUUAGUUUUUUUCCUAUGAUUAGUACAUCAAUAAAAUUAAGACUUUGGUAAA